AUGGCUACCAUGGCAGCGGCUGCUCGUGAUAUCUCCCAGGCCUCCUUGAGCCGAGACAACUUAACUGCUGUAGCGGCUCGGAGUGUCCCUGCGACUGUGACACGAUCUCAACAACCCCUUCCUACUCCCCCCAACUCCAUCUCUCCCAACCUGCCGCCUCAUGGCCUCAAGGCGCAGCUCCAGAAGGCCAAGCUUGAGCCUAUUGACUCAGACCUGGACCUUCAUGAGCCGUCGGAUCGACGACGUUCGAUCUCGCCUGGUCUCGAGGCUUCGGGUGCCAUCACUGGCUCUCUUCUCGCCAAAUACCACCUGCCAGAGAUCCUGCUCAACCAUGGCCCCCUGGCUAUCAGACACAUCAUGGGGUACCUAACCACUUCGGUACCCGGGUUUUCUGGAAUCCCCCCAACAAAGGCGCGGAGACUAGUCGUGGGAGCUUUGGAGGGACGAGGAGGAGAAGGAGGCGGACUGGAUGGAGAGGUGGAAUUUGAAAAGGUGGGAUGGGGCCGAUGGGAUGCUCGUAAGCGAGGACAGCCUUCUCGAAACCGACAAGGAACUCCUCCUUCAUCCUACGGCGCAGGCAUCCCCAUCGGCAACAUCGGCGGUAGGGGUCAGGACCGGCCCAGACUUAGCAUUGCGUCAAGCAACGGGGAUUCGGUGCAGUAUUCUCAUGAUGAUAACGACAUUUACAUGAUGGAGCACGAGGCCGACAAAAUGUCCAUGGAUGGAUCUGGAUCCGCUUCGUGCUCCGAGGCUCCGGAUGAUGAUGUCGUUAUGAACGAUGAUCCUGAGGACGCGACGGACGACGAGGAUUGGGCUACCAUGGGGGCUGCUGCUCUUCGAGCCGAGUCUUACCCCAACCAGGCGGCAGCUCAGACGGACCAUGGUUUCCGAUCCUCCUCUGCAUAUGCACCAGGUGGACUUCGUUCGUUCUCUGCCAGCUCCGGCAUGGCUCGUCCACCUCAAACACUCAACAUCGACUUCUCGGCGUUGGCGCGCACCUCUGACGCACAGGAGCGGGAGGCCGUCGAGGCCCUCCUCCAACUCGGUUCUGUAUAA